AAAAUCGUGAUUGGCUUUGCCCAUUUCCUAGCUUGUUCUGCCCACUAUGACUCUUUGUUUUCAUUUAAAACGACGGGCUGUGGUCUUAUCUAGGUUUAGUUAUACAAAUCUUUGGUCUCUCGUUGCCAUACCUCCAAAAUCACGAGGUUAAAGGUUAGGGACGUCCCAAUAAUCUCGGAUUGCACAGACCCUGGCCGGAAGUUAUUUUUUGUUCGUACGUCUUGAGGGCGAAGGUUACAUGAAUAUUCUGCCGCCGGCACAUACACCUCUGUCGCACUUGUUUUAUUUAUUUUUUUUGUAUAAAAAGGCAACUUUUAAAAGCGGGCUGCUUACCCACCACGACAGGAGCUGGAAGACAUGGCGCGCCUCGUUGCGGUUUGUAGGGACGGGGAAGAGGACUUCCCUUUCCUCGCAAGACAGAUUCCCUUAUACAUCGAUGACACUCUCACGAUGGUGAUGGAGUUUACUGACAGUGUCAUGAACCUUGACACUCACCAAAUCAACAGCUCUCAGAUGAAGCAGUUUGUCGAGCAUCACAGCAUGCUGAAGCAGCAGGACCUGAACAUCGCCAUGAUGGUAACUUCCAGGGAGGUGUUCAGCGCCCUCUCCCAGCUGGUGCCGUGUGUGGGCUGCAGGCGGAGCGUGGAGCGCCUCUUUUCCCAGCUGGUGGAGUCCGGGAACCCGGCACUGGAACCCCUCACUGUGAAGCCCACCGGCGUGCUGUCUGUCACCAAGACUUGCAUGGCUGACGCAAAGACGCUCUACACCCUCUUUUACAUCCACGGGUCAAAGUUAAAUGACAUGAUCAAUGCCAUUCCAAAAAGCAAAAAGAAUAAACGCUGCCAGUUGCACUCCUUAGAAACACACAAACCAAAGCCUUUGGGGGGAAGCUGGAUGGAUGUGUGGGAGCUCAUGUCUCAGGAGUGCAGGGACGAAGUCGUCCUGAUCGACAGCACCUGCCUCCUGGAGACCCUGGAAACAUACUUGCGCAAGCACAGGUUCUGUACUGACUGCAAGAACAAGGUACUGAGAGCAUACAACAUCCUUAUAGGGGAGCUAGACUGCACUAAAGAGAAGGGCUACUGCGCUGCUUUGUACGAGGGACUCCGCUGCUGUCCCCAAGAGCACCACGUCCACGUCUGCUGUGAGACUGACUUUAUGGCACAUCUACUGGGCCGGGCUGAGCCGGAGUUCUCCGGAGGUUACGAACGCAGAGAACGACACGCCAAGACCAUUGACAUUGCACAAGAAGAGGUGCUCACCUGCCUGGGCAUCCACCUGUACGAGCGACUACACAGAAUCUGGCAGAAACUGAGGGCAGAGGAGCAGACCUGGCAGAUGCUCUUCUGCCUCGGCAUCGACGCUUUACGCAAAAGCUUUGAGACGGCGGUGGAGAAGGUGCAGGGCAUCAGUCGUCUGGAGCAGCUGUGUGAGGAGCUGUCGGAGGAGGAGAGGGCCAAAGAGCUGAAGCAGGAGAAGAAGAGACAGAAGAAGAAGAAGAACAGACGCAAAAACAAGUGUGGCUUCGAUAUGUCUGAGCAGGAGGCUGAGGGCAAGAACCUGGCUGAGGGUUCAUUAGAGUCUGUGGAGAACGGUGGCUGCAAGGCCUGUGGAAGCCGAGAGGAGGAGGAGGAGCAUGUCAGCUGUGUGGAGGUGGUCGUCACCAGCAACGAGAGCACUACUUCCUGCAGCUGCCCAGACAGCACCGUGCCCAUCCUGGGCUCUCCUAAAGUCAAGAAAGGUCUAUCGCCUCACAGUAAUGGGAGUGACUGUGGUUACUCGUCUAGCAUGGAAGGCAGCGAGCCUGGCUCACAGGAAGGAUGUGACGUCGCCUGCGCUGAGGGUAUCUGCAACCACCACGAAGCAGGAGACUACUUGUGUGGUCAUCAAUGUGCUGAAGACAAGGAGGAGGACUGUAUGGACAGCUGUGUGGAGUGCUGGGCCAGCUCUGAAGAGAACACCAAGGGCAAGAAGAAGAAUAAGAGAAGAAAGAACAAUGGCUUGUUAUCUUACCAUCAGGGUCCAAAUGCAGAGGUUUGUGUUAUGGAAGAGAACAGGAAAGGGCAAAACACCGCUGCAACGUCACCCGUGUGCAGAACCAAAGAGACGUGUGCCCAGUUGUGCCUCGACAUCUUUUCUAGUAUCCCACCGCAGUUACCACGUGCAGAACAUCGGAAGAACAUCAGCCAUUAUCUGGAGGGUACCAGUGCCAAGAGUCUCAUGGAACUGCUGGAUGAUUCUGAAGUGACUUCCGAUGAAGAGAACUGCCUCACGCAGGAUGAGAUCCAGUCGUUUGUGGACAACAACAAGUCCUUCUACAACAACCGUGACCAGUACCGACAGCGCCUGAAAGAUAAAUUCACCAAGUACUGCCACGGAGGUGCAGAUUGGUUUGCUGCUGCCACCACCAGCGUCAAUUAAUGAAUUAGCUCCUGUUGCACUACUCUACUGUCAUGAUAUCUUGUUGCUGGGACAACACACAUGGUGAUUACCACCCCUCUGCUCACACCACCUUUUAAAGGAGAAAGAAUUCAGUAGUACAUUUUAGUGUCUUGUUCAAUGAGCUCCCCCCCCCCCCACCCCCUCUUUGGUUGAAGUACAUGUGGUUCCUAUUUUCCCACCUUUGUUCCAUCUUCUGUCACCUCUUACCUGUUCAUCUUGUCACACCGUCCUUGUUGUCGUAUGUCCCACCCUGACCAAACCCUGUUUCUUUUCUGGUCUCAUUUUGUAGGGCUGUUGGUUUAGAGCACAGUGGAUCUGAUAAUUAAGCUUGCAAGCUGUGACAUUAGGGAUUAGAUGUUAGUAGUCUUAUUUUUUUGUUUUUGCAUUUUCCAUUUUUUUUUUCUCGUCUCUUCCUCUGUGAUGCUUCAUUUUAGUGGGAAAAGUUGUACCAAUAAAUGUGUACAGAAAUUAUAUAAUCUGAAUAGAUUUUACAGUAAAACAUCCAUUUAUAACAGGGGUUGGAUGUGAUGUUAAGGGUGCAAUGUGUAAAAUUGACAAAAUAAAGAAUAUUUAUUAAUAUGCAUUAGAAA